AUGGGCAUUGCGGAGGGCACUGCAGCUCCCAUAGAGUUUUUGCCGCGCUACUUCGGCAAGGCUGGCUUCGUCGAUGCCGACCCCAAAAAGGUCAAGAAGAAUGGUAGUGGCAAGGGCAAUUGGGGCACCAUUGCCGACGAAGUCAUGGACCAUGACUUUGCCUUUACUAACGCUCGUCGCCGCUCUAAUAGCAGCUCUGCAUCUCAUCACCUCAACGACUUCAAAACCAAGUUUGAGGUGGUUGACACGGAGCCUGUGUUCGAAGAGUCUGUCCACGGGCCCGUCAGUGAAGAAGACGAUGUCUCCAAGACUGACUCGUCGGAAAGCGGCCGGUCCGCUUCCUAG